AUGCAAGUUGAUGAUAAAUUUGUCAGGGAGAUGUUCCUGGAGCGUCUGCCCGCAGAUGUUCAAACGAUCCUGGCUUCCGGCUCUCAAGACCUUACGGUCUCACAGCUGGCUGAGAUGGCGGAUCGAAUGAUAGAGGUGCAGCGAUUCCAGUCACCUUCCGUUGCCCAGAUCUCCUCAUCUUCAUCGUCAGUGAAUGAAAAUCUAGUGAAACAGGUGUCGGCCAUGGCGGCUGAGAUGGCCUCCCUUAAAAUACAGCUCGCCCGCCUAACUUCCAGUCGCUCACGCAGUCGUCGUCGUUAUCGUUCGCGACCUCGGACUGCUGAUAUUUGCUGGUACCACACUAAUUUCGGCGUAAAGACCCGUCGCUGUUCCUCACCCUGCUCUUUUAAACCGAAACAGGGAAACCAGCCAGCCAGAGAAUAG